UCUCUUCUCAGUUCCAAUUCGAAUUACUGUUUCUGAUUCGAAGUUUGUAAAGAAAUCCAAGAAUCCCGAUGUUUCGAUUCAUACCCAAGUUGACAAUUUCGUUAAAAAUCAAUGGAAGCGAAGAACGAUCAUGCAUGACGAUGUUCUGGAAGUGUUCGAUCAAAUGUUUCUCAAGCAAUCUUUGCUGUCGAUGUCUCUUUCCUGAUUCGAAAUUUGUAAAUGAAUUGAAGAAUCCUAACGUUUUGAUUCAUACCCAAGUCGAGAAUUUUGUUAAAAAUCGAUGUGAGCUGGGAACGAUCAUGCCCGAUGAUGCUUUGGAAGUGCUUGAUAAAAUGCUUUUCAUGCAACCUUUGCCAUCGCUCUCUCGUUUCAAUUGUCUGUUGGAGUCUGUUUCCAAAGCGAAACGUUAUUCUGAUGCUGUUUCUCUCUUUAGAAAGAUGAACGUGUUUGGAAUCCGGCCGAACAUACGUACGCUGACAAUCCUGAUCAAUUGUUUCUGCCACUUGAAUCGGGGAGAUCUUGGUUUCGCUGUCUGUGGAGAAAUCCUGAAACGGGGCUACGAACCAAACACUGCAACUUUCACCAUCUUGAUCCAGGGCCUUUGUAUGGUGGAUAAGAUUGCCAAUGCAGUCGAAUUUUUUGUAAAUAUGAUUGAGACAGGUUGCCCACCUAAUGAGAUCACGUACGGUACCCUUGUAGGUGGGCUUUGCAAGAUGGAAAACACAGGUUCUGCUCUUGGACUGCUUGGAGAUAUGGUGAAGCGAGGAUGUAGGCCAAAUGUGGCGGUGUAUAACAUGCUUGUCGAUCGACAAUGCAAGGACGGAUGGAUGGAAGAGGCAUUGGCCCUCUUCUCAGAGAUGACCCGCGAUGGUGUUUCGCCCAAUGCCAUCACUUACACUUCUUUAAUUCGUGGCCUGUGCGAUUUGGGGCGGUGGAAAGAAGCCACUUGCUUUUUCAAUGAAAUGCCUCUUAGAGGUAUCUCCCCAGAUGUGGUAGCAUUCAACGUGCUGAUGGAUAGUCUUUGCAAAGCAGGGAUGACCGAAGAAGCACGUCGACUCCUAGAAGUAAUGAUUCAGCAAGGCAAGGAACCUGAAGUGUUCACCUAUAAUACUUUGAUGAGUGGUUACUGCUUGCAGGGUCUGAUGGAUUCUGCAGUAGAGCUCUUCGACUCCAUGGCAGCUAAGGGCAUUGAGCACGACGAUGUUAGCUACAACGUGUUGAUUAAUGGGUAUUGCAAAUGUAAAAGAAUGGAUGAGGCAAUGAGGCUCUAUGUUGAAAUGCUCCAAACAGGAUUGGUUCCCACAGUUGUUACGUACACCACUCUAUUGGGUGGAUUCUGCAAUGUUGGUAGGGUUGGGGUGGCACAGGGGCUCUUUAACGAGAUGCAAGCUCGUGGCCAAAUACCCAACCUAAUCACAUACAUUACUUUGUUGGAUGGGCUCUGUAAAAACAAACGGGAGGCGAUGGAACUAUUCAAGGUUAUAUCAGAUUGUGAAUUUGAACCGAAUGUUGAAAUUUACAACAUCCUCAUUGAUGGGAUGUGUAGAGAUGGGAGGCUUGAAGCGGGAAAGGUGCUAUUUGUUGGCAUCUCCGACAGAGGAUUGCUGCCUGAUGUCAUUACAUACAACAUAAUGAUUAAUGGCUAUUGUAAAGGAGGUCGAUUGCAGGAGGCUAAUGAAUUGUUUUUGCAAAUGAAUGAAAAUGGUUGCUAUCCAAAUGCCCGUACAUUCAAUACAAUCAUCCGUGGUUUCUGUGAAAUGGGUGAGACACAUAAGGCAAUGGAGUUUCUCCAAAUGAUGGCUGAGAGGGAUGUUACACCGGAUGCGGAUACUGCUUCUAUUGUAGUUGACUUGCUUCUGAAGGAUGAAUGGCAUAGGGAAGUUUUGGAGUUGCUUCCUACAUUUUUGCCAAAGUUGGUUACGAAGGCUGAUAAUUUUGCAUUAUGAAGGGCUGAUUUCACCUAUAUUCAUGUUCUGUCCAUCUGAAAUAUGUUUGUCUAGUUGGCUUUACAAGUACGUUCGUAUUGGUGUCGGACUCGGUAGCUUUGAUGAACCCUACAUGCCGAAAUGACUUUAAAAGUGAUGAUAAUUUAGAAGGUGUGUCAUUUCAUUAAAAUUAGAUUUCCAAUCUGGGUUUUUGGAGACAUCUGUCAUGGUAACUUUCACCAAUUUCAGGGGCUUUGUAUGUUGGAAUAAAGCAUGGAUGCAAUUGAUUUUUUUGUCAAGAUGGUAGAGCAGGCUACCUUUCUCAUGUUGUCACAAUGAUUCUUCAGAAAUGGGCUUUUCAUUGCUCUUGAGCUGCUCCAUGAAAAAGAGAAGUUGAAGAUGUAAAUGGUGAUUGAUAGUGACUUUGGAAAGACGGAUUGAUGGGCUUUGCAAAAGCAGAAACACCAGUUCCAUUUUUGAGUUGCUAUGGGAAAUGGAAAGGAGAAUAUGUAGGUCUAGCACAACAGUAUCUGGGAUAAUCAACAGUGGUCUUUGCAAAGAUGGAACUAGAAGUAAGGCCAUGGAAGAUGGAAGUCUUCCCCAAAAUGGUAAAGUCCACCUGUUUAUUUGUUUACCAUGACCAUUGGAGUCUUUGGAAAGAUAGAUGAAUGGAAGAGGCCCCAAAAUUAUCCCUUAUUUUUCACUAGUUGAUGUAACUAGGCUUUUUGAUGGCAUGGUGGACAGGAAAUUUCACCAAAUACAUAGGCCUGUUUGGAUUACGAAUAAUAUUAGUAAUGUACUGUAAAGGUGCAAUGAUUACAAAUUACAGUACCUGUCUCCUAAAACAGGUAAUUUGUAUGGCAAUUCCCAUGUUUGAAUAGGCAUUGUAAAAUUGCAGUGACGAUACUUUUACAUUACUUCAAUGUCAUGUUGUAGAGAAAAAUACAUUGAUUUACAUGUUUGGGUAGGAGAUUUCCAUUGUAUUAAUACAGUGUAAAACUAUAAUGAUUAUAAAUAUCUUUUA